AUGGAUUCCCAUGAAAUUCGUGAGGAAAAUAGAGUCCUUCGACUUCGUUUAACUGACGCAGAAGAAAAGCUUCGUCUUUUAGCAGAUGCUCUUGAAAAAAGAAAUGAACAAGCACGCGUUUGGACUCAAAGAUGUAAUGAUCUUGAAGAUCAAUUAAGAAUUGCUCAAGAUGCUAUUGAUCAACAAGAAAGUGAAAUCCUAAAGAAGGAAAGUAUUAUCGAAAAAUUACGUCAAAUGUUAGAACAAAUGAAAAAAGAUCAAAUAUUACAGCAAAAUUUCCAAUCUGACGAAGCUAAGAAGCUCCAAAAUGAUAUUGAGCAACAGCACAAAAAGUUUUUGGAAACUCUUAAUCAAUUAAAUCAAGCUAAAGGUCCAGCUAAAACUUCAUUUGAAUUACAGAAUGAAUUAAUAGCUAAAAAAGAGAAGCAAUUAGAAGAUUUAAAGAAACAAUUACAAGAUGCAUUAGAAGCAAAGGAAGCUGCUGAUCAAUCACUCGAAGAUUCAGAAGCUCAAUGUGAAAAGCUUUCUCAUGAAAGAGAUACAUUUCUUCGUUUGAAUGAGGAGCUUAUGGAAGCCCUUCGGGAAGCAAAAAGCGGAAAGGCUGAACUCGCCGAAAUUGAAAAGUUAAAAGCUCAAAUUGACAAAGAAUACCAAAAAGUAUUAGCUUUACAUAGGCAAAGAAAGCAGUUAAAGAAUGUCAUUUUGCAGCUGAAACAAGCUUUGGAAGGAAAAGAAGCCCAAAUUCAAGAUCUUUUAAAUGAACAAAGAGGGUAUCAAGAAAAAGCUUUAGAAUCUGAUGGUAGGAUUCGUGAGUUAAAUAAGAAGAUAGAUGAUUUGAAAGGCGCAAUUUCUAAAAUCAGAUCUGAAGAAAGAGCUUACAAAGAGCGUGCAGAAGCUGCUGAAAAGAAAGCAGAUGAUCUUCAAAAGAAUGUUAGGACUUUAAUUGAUGAAAAGCAAAAACUCGCAGAAGAUCGAAAUAUCAGAGCUCAAAAACAAAUUAUUAAACAGAAAAACGGAAAGAUAGAUGCUGGAAACAUCAAAGAGUUGCAAUUGAGAGUUCGUCAAGAGAUGGAAAAGAGAUUAGAUGCUCAAGAAGAAGCAGCAAACUUGAAAGAUGAAUUAAUGGAAAUUAAACGCCAAAAUGCAUUACUUCAAGAACAAGCAAAUGAUGCAAUAGGUGCAGAUUUACAGCCAUUGAUCGAAUUGCUUAAAGACCUUAGAGUUGAAGCAGUUGCUGUUGAUCAAGAUCUGUUGAAUCUCAUUGAUGAAAUUCCUCCUGCCAAAGAAUUAGUUUUUCCUGAAAUUCCACCAGGAAUCUGCGAAUCAGCUGCCACAUUAAUAUCAAAUGUUGCAAUGCAAUUCCAAGAUUCACAAAUAGAGAAUAGAGAAUUGAGACUAUUAGUCAACAAAUUCGCUAGAACAGCUUCUAUUUAUCAUAGAAUUUCUACUGUAAUUGCAAAGUAUCCAAUUUUAUCAGCUGAUGAUAUUGCAACUCAGGAAGAUAGAGGUAAUUGGGUAUUACCAAUAGAAACUGAGCAUUUGCAGAGAACAAUUGUUAAAUUGCAUGAACUUCUUGUUAGAAGAGGGAGAUCAGAUAAUUAA